AGGGGGAAGCAGUGAGAGUCUGAGGAACAGGAAAUCAAUCAGGCAGACGUGUACUGAACUAAAACAGAAAUCUAUCCUCAAACAAUAAAUAAUACAGAACACACUCAGACAUUGGACCCAAAUACAAACCUCACUAUGUCCAAACCUCAAAAAGCCCCUGACUUCACAGACAAAAAAAAAAGUGCCUGUCACUUUAAGAAACAUGACACAGGAAGAAACUAGAAACUGAAAGUUAACUUCUUUCUUGGGAAACAACCGAAACAACCAGGAUCUUCGUCGAUUGUUUCUUCUUUGCAGACCAGCACCAACAGACAUAAAAAUGGCCUUCAGCAACAGUCUCUUGUCUGAGGAGCAGUUUCUGUGUCCCAUCUGCCUGGAUGUGUUCACUCGGCCAGUUUCCACUCCAUGUGGACACAACUUCUGCAUGUCCUGUCUCACGUCCUACUGGGACGACAUACCAGUCAGCCAGUGUCCUGUCUGUAAGGAAACUUUUGAAAGGAGACCGGACCUUAAAGUCAACACUUUCAUCUCAGAGCUUGCAUCUCAGUUCAUGACGCUUCAAGUAGACGCUCACAUCUGGAGCACAGACCAACAUCAGGCUCGCUGUGGUGCUGCGGUGCUGUGUGAUAUUUGUACCGACACCCAGCGAGAGGCUGUCAAUUCCUGUCUGGAGUGUCUGACUUCUUACUGUGACGUCCAUCUAGAGCCUCAUCACAGAGCUGCGGGCCUGAAGACACACACACUGGUUGAACCCUUGGCGAGCCUGGAGGACAGGAUCUGCAAGGAGCACACCAGACUCCUGACUUUGUUCUGUAGAAAAGACGAGGUUUUGCUGUGUGACGUCUGCGCCAGUUUGCGCCACGUGAACCAUGACGUUGUUCCUGUGCAGCGAGCGUAUGAAGAGAAGAAGGCUCUGCUGGGGGACACUGAGGCCAGCGUGCAGCAGAUGAUCCAGGAAAGACUGCAGAAGGUCCGAGCCAUGAAGGAGUCAGUAAAACAAAGCAAGACAGAAACCAAAGAUGUGAUAGCAAACAGCGUGCAGGACUUGACGGCGCUGAUCUCUGAGAUCCAGAAGAGUCAGACGAAGCUUGUGAAAGUGAUCGAGGAGAAGCAAAAAGCAGCAGAAGAACAAGCAGAUGGGUUCAUUAGCAGUAUGGAGCGAGAGAUCACAGAGCUGCAGAGGACAACCAUGAAGCUGAGGGAGCUGAAACAGACUGAAGACCAGCUUUGUUUCCUCCAGAGCUUCCCAAACUCAUCCAUCCUACCACACACAAUGGACUUGUCCACAUUCAGUUUUAACAGACAAGUGGAGAUACACCACAUACGGAAAACUUUGAACAAAUCAAUGUCUCAACUGCGAAUGUUGCUGAAUAAAAUGACCACAGAAAUUCAGCAGUUCUCUGACGGCACAGAUGUGUCAAACGAUGCUACGCUGAGAUAUGUGCAGCAGUAUGAGGUAGACAUUGUGCUCGAUCCUGACACAGCUCACCCUCUGCUCAUCUUAUCUAAUGACAGGAAACAGGUGAGGUACAGCAGUGAUUUAGGUUUGUGGGUAAACCAGAACCUGAACCCAAAUAGGUUUACAGAACAUCUUGCAGUUCUGGGACAGAGAGGCUUCUCGUCACGUAGGUUUUACUUUGAGGUGUUUGUGGGUGGAAAGACUGAGUGGUGUCUGGGCGUGGCCACGGCAACGGUCCAGAGGAGGGGGGCGCUUGUUAGGAGUCCUUACUGUGGACUCUGGGCCAUCUGGUUCCUAAAGGAUAAGUUUGAAACCUUCAAGUCUCCAAAUGUGCCGGUACACUUGGGUAUAGUGGAGCAGGUCGGUGUGUUUGUGGAUUAUGACGGAGGGCAAGUUUCUUUCUAUGACGUCCAGACCGCAACACUCAUUUACUCGUUUACUGAGUGUGUCUUUACUGAGGAACUGCAUCCGUACUUUAAUCCUUGUGAUAAUGAAUUCGGUUCAAACUUGGAACCGUUGAUAAUCGUUCCUGUCAGUCGUACAGUGUGAUUUGUGAGUUAUUUACUAAAAUGCAACUCUUGCAAUUGAUUGUGAAGCAAAAUCUUUUUUGUAAAGCAGCUUUUGAUUAUCAUACAAUAUGUAAAGCAUUUGAAGGGAUUAACCAUCUUCCUUUGCUGAUUUCUGUCUCUAUUGUGUCUCAAUGUGCUUUAAAUCCAAACGGUGACUUUAUAUAUGAAGAAAAUAUUUCUACACUUCA